AUGGCGACCCAUCUGGAUCCGGAACUGGAAUUCGACUCCUCCGCCACCUCGAUGCUUCCCAGAUUGCCGCCCCUUGAGGUGCAAGUCCGCGCUGCCGAGUGCGAGGGCGAGGGCGAGGCCGAGGAGUGCAAGACCCCGACGUCCGAGGAGCACAGGAUCCCGCCGGCCCUGACCUGCCCGGCCGCGCCGCGCAAGGCGAAGGCGAGGACGACGCCGGCGGUCCCAUGCAAGAGAGCCCCGCCGCCGCCGGAUCGGCUCGAGUUCUUCGAGGCGAGGAGCCGCGGCGAGGUUGAAGGGUUCUUCAGGAGCUGUGAGGAGGCGGCCAAGCGGAGGCGUUUCUUCUGCAGGUGA